UUGCAUCAUCACAUCACCCCACUGUUGACUUCUCAACAGCUUGCAAACAGAGAAAUGGGAGAAGAAACCAGAAAAUCCCUCUCCGACGAAUACGAGAUCAGCGAAAUCCUGGGGCGAGGCGGCUUCUCCGUCGUCCGAAGAGGCACCGAGAAAUCCAAGAUAAAAAAAAGCGUGGCCGUGAAAACCCUCCGCCGCUUCACCUCUCCGAAGUCGACCAAGCAGUCCCUCAUCUCCGACGCGCUCCUCACCAACGAGCUCCUGGUCAUGCGGCGCGUCGUGGAGGCCGUCUCCCCGCACCCCAACGUCAUCCACCUCUACGACGUCUGCGAGGACUCCGCCGGCAUCCACCUCAUCCUCGAGCUCUGCUCCGGCGGCGAGCUCUUCGACCGCAUCGUCUCCCACCCCCGCUACAACGAGGCUGAGGCUGCCGCCGUCGUCGCCCAGAUCGCCGCCGGCCUCGCCGCCCUGCACCGCGCCGGGAUCGUGCACCGGGACUUGAAGCCCGAGAACUGCCUCUUCUUGAGCAAGGCGGACGACUCGCCCUUGAAGAUCAUGGACUUCGGCCUCAGCUCCGUCGAGGAUUUUACCGACCCGGUCGUCGGGUUGUUUGGCUCCAUUGAUUAUGUGUCGCCGGAGGCGCUGGCGGGCGGCGGUGUCACGGCGAAGAGCGAUGUUUGGUCGCUUGGUGUCAUCCUCUACAUUCUACUCUCCGGGUAUCCUCCUUUCAUCGCGCAGACCCACCGACAGAAACAGCAAAUGAUUCUAAGUGGGCAGUUGAACUUCUACGAGAAGACAUGGAAGAACAUUUCAUCAUCGGUUAAACACCUAAUCACCAGUCUUCUCAACGUCGACCCCAACCGGAGGCCGACUGCUCAAGAGAUUCUUGAGCACCCUUGGGUGACUGGUGAUCUGGCUAAGCAAGAUCAGAUGGAUGCUGAGAUCGUCUCGCGGCUGCAGAGUUUCAACGCGAGGCGCAAGUUUCGCGCGGCCGCGAUGGCCAGCAUGCUGAGCAGCAGCUUCUCCUUGAGAACGAAGAAGCUCAAGAGUUUGGUGGGAUCUUAUGAUCUUAAGCCAGAGGAGCUAGAAAAUCUCAGAGAAAAUUUCAAGAAAGUAUGCACGAGUGAUAACGCAACGUUGGGUGAGUUCGAGGAGGUGUUGAAAGCGAUGGAGAUGUUGUCGUUGGUCCCUUUAGCUCCGCGUAUCUUUGAUUUGUUUGAUGACAACAGAGAUGGAAGUGUCGACAUGAGAGAAAUCAUUGCCGGCUUCUCUACUCUCAAAUACUCACAAGGUGACGACGCACUCCGACUAUGCUUUCAGAUGUAUGAUACAGACCGUUCGGGUUGCAUUAGCAAGGAAGAGCUAGCGUCUCUGCUUAAGGCUUUGCCCGACGAGUACCUUCCCGUUGAUAUCACAGAGCCUGGGAAGCUAGACGAGAUAUUCGACCUGAUGGAUGCCAACAGCGAUGGAAAGGUUACAUUCGAAGAGUUCAAAGCUGCGAUGCAGAGAGACAGUGCGCUUCAAGAUGUACUUCUCUCAUCUCUACGACCGUCUUAGGGUUGGUAUUCCGCAUUAACACAUUUGUCAGCAAAAAUCUCCUCUCCUUAUAUUGUUUUUUUUGUCCUAAUCAACGCUUCGAGUAAUUUCAAAUGUCAUAUUUUCACAA